UUGUUGAAUUUGCUCUUUUCCUCUUUCAGCCGAGUGGUUUUACCUUGCUCAGUGCAAGAGUAUCAAGUUGGGCAACUUUAUUCUGUGGCAGAAGCUAGCAAAAAUGAAACAGGAGGCGGUGAAGGAAUUCAAGUCUUAAAAAAUGAGCCUUAUGAAAAGGAUGGCGAGAAGGGACAAUAUACUCACAAAAUCUAUCAUUUAAAGAGUAAAGUUCCUGGUUUUGUAAGGAUGAUUGCUCCAGAAGGCUCCCUGGUGUUCCAUGAGAAGGCUUGGAAUGCAUAUCCCUACUGUAGAACAAUUGUGACAAAUGAAUAUAUGAAAGAUGACUUCUUCAUAAAAAUUGAGACCUGGCAUAAACCAGAUUUGGGGACAUCAGAGAACGUGCACAAUUUAGAUCCAAACACAUGGAAGACUGUUGAAAUUGUCCAUAUUGACAUUGCAGAUAGAACUCAAGUAGAACCAGGAGACUACAAAGCUGAUGAAGACCCUGCGUUAUUCCAGUCAGUUAAGACGAAGAGAGGACCUUUGGGGCCAAAUUGGAAGAAAGAGCUAGCAACUGACGAAGAGUGUCCUAAAAUGUGUGCUUACAAGUUGGUGACUAUCAAAUUUAAAUGGUGGGGACUGCAGAACAAAGUUGAAAACUUUAUACAAAAGCAAGAAAAAAGGAUAUUUACCAACUUUCAUCGCCAGCUGUUCUGUUGGAUUGACAAGUGGAUUGAUCUGACUAUGGAAGACAUUAGGAGAAUGGAGGAUGAAACUCAAAAGGAGCUGGAAGCGUUACGUAAUCAAGGCCAAGUCAGAGGAACAAGUGCUGCCAAUGAUGAAUGAUGAUGGAUUUAACCGUCACAUGCAGUGUUGAUAUACAAAUGUGUGUGUGGAUGCAUGAUUAUUUGUAUAUAAUUAUAUAUACGCACAUGCAUACUGAAGGGGGUUGUUACAGUGUCUCCAGGGUACUAUACCUGUCCUCAGCAAAGAUUCAAAGGAAACUGCUUUCAUUAUGUAUACCUGAAGCAAAUAAAAAUCAACUGAGUAGUGUCAUUUAAAGGAUGAAUUAACUGCAGAAUUAUGCUAACUGGUAUGUUUCAUGAAUGUCAAUACUGGACCAAUUUAUUCCCUACUUGUUUUUUUCCUGUCUUGAGUCGCUCUGCUAUAACUUGCCCAUAUCUCAUUGUAAAGAAAGACAUUCAGAUAAGUUCAUUUCAGUUUUGUCUUCUCUAUGUGAUUAUUUUUGGAAUAGGAACAAUGAAUGUAUUUAUAGCUAUUUAUUUCUGGAUUGUCAUUAUCCUAUAGUCAAAUCAAAAAAAAAUUCUAUUAGUAGAAAUUGGAAGACUUUUACUGUUAAAUAAGUUUAACCCAAACUUUACCCAUUCACUGAUUUAAAAGAAAAAAAAAUCAUGUUUUAUUGGACUUUUGUACAUUGAAAUGCUAAUGUUUUUUCUUCAUUAAAAUUGGCAAGAUUAAGGAAAAA